AAUGGCAGUGUUUGUGCGACCGACGUUGUGAGUAGUAGUGUAUGAGUGUGUGCGGUUGUAACCGUCGGUCAGUGGUGUACUUUCGGAAAGAAGCCGGCCCGAAAAUGUAAGUGAAGUAGACAGUAGUUGUGCAGUUGAAAUGCCGGCUUUUGGUUGUGAUGAAGUGCAGUGAUAAUUGUUGAGUUGCCGACAAUGCCGUUUGUGCAGCGAGUGGUGCAACCGGUGCAGUUGAGUCGUGUACUCCUGCACGACGAGCAGGGUCGUCCGCGAGUGAAAGAUGGCGAACUGGAGGCGGUGACCAACCACACCCUAAGCAGCGCCCUCCGCCAGCUAGCCAGUGUCGUCCUGCUUGCUGACGAAAUAUUCCAGGAUCUCGGCAAGAUCCUCGGCGAUGUCACCGAACGAUCGAAACGACUCAGGGUCAGGAUAGCCGCUGUUGACCAGAGGGUUUCCGAGUUCGACCCCAAAGCUGUUACAGUCCCUGAAAGUGACCUGACGAUAUUCUCGAGCCGGAAGGAGCACUUCAGCCGGCCGCAAUGCGUGGAGAAGGGUCUGUUCACACCGGGCAGCCGUCCGGUGGCGCUGCGACGGAUGUACGAGGCGGCUGCAGCCACUCCGUUGCCCGUGGUGCGGCAGCUAGAUCGCUACCGGCGCGACGGACUGCGCAGCUCGCGGUUCUUCGCCGUCACGCCUGUCCUGGCCGGCGGGCGGCGACGCACAAGGCAGACUACCAAGGUCGACGAUAUCGACAUCGAAACCAGAACGCCUGCAGUUGUGUCGAAACUUCGGAUGUGGACAUCCUUGGAGGCACUGGGUGACGUCACUGUGGAUCCCGACUGCACUCAUAAGAUAGACGCAUCAGUUGGCAAUGAUGAUGUUGAUCAUCGGCUUCCUUCACCUGAAGAACAAGUUCAGGCUAUUGCUCUAAAGUUCCCGGCCGAAAUCGUGAAGGUGGACGUGAGUGGACGCAGCUUCAACCGGAUGAGUGCGUUCCGACGCUCUCUGAUGCACGUGGAGUCGGGUGACGACACGCGACGUCGCGGCAACAAGUCGCGACGCAGUCGCAGCAAGCGACGCAACACCAUUGCCGGCACCGACACCAAGGAGUUGGCUGCCAUUGUUUGUGACUCGUCGGACACAAACUUUGGGAAGUCGACUCCUGAUUCGGUGGCGUGCGGUGCGAGUGUGAUCGGCGGCGGCGGCGGCGCAGAGAAGAAGUCGCACCUGGAGAGUCUGAAGGAGUGGGGUCGCUCGCGACUGCGACUCAUCAAGAACAGCGAGCCGGCCGUGCGGCUGCGGGAGCGGUCGCUGUCGUCCCGCCGCAAGUGGGCCGACAAGGAGACCGGGGAGCCGCACCCGCACUCCUCAUCCGGCAACUGGAGCGCCUCCUCCGAGAGCGGCCAGUCUACCGCCACCAGCCAUCAUCCUAGAUCAAGCAUCAGCAGUGGCAGCACAUGCCAGAAGCACGGCCGGAGAACGGUGAUGGUGUCGACGUCAUCGUCGGUGACGUCAGAGAGCACACUGACGCCGGAUGACGGCGAGACGUGUUCGAUGUACUCGUGCGACACGGAAGGCUACUACACGUCGUUCCACAUGGACAGCGGGCUGAAGACGCUGAGGGAGGAGGACCCGAUGCCCGCGCUCCAGUCGACAUCAGCCCUGUCGGCCAGUCGGCUCAACAGCUCCUCGUUGACGGCUGACAGCGAGUAUGAGCUGUUCGGCAAGGGCUCGACCUCCACCACGGCUAGUUCCGCUGGAACGGUGUGCACCACCCUCAUCAUCCCUCCUCCCUCUGUCCCCGAGCGCGUCAACAGCCAUCUGUCCACAGAGCGCAGCGUCAAGUCCCUCACCAACCUCACCUCUGACAAAACACCGCCUCACAACAAAGACUCGCCCUACUACAAAUCCAACACCGACCCCUGUCGCGGCAGGAGUGUGAGUGACGCUCGAAAAAUCGAACCUCCCGUCAAAUCGAAUCUCACUAAAGAAAACGUGUCCAAACUAAAAGAACAAUACAGCGAUAACGUACAACCUGACAAGAACUGCAUGAUCAUGGUUGAAGUACAUCACGAAGGUGACGACGAUAAAACCGAGAAAUGUGGAGAUUCGCCUGAUAGUGGUCACAACACGUGCAGCUCUCCUGUUGACUCAGUCACCAGUCCGUCACUCGACCUCGAAAUGUCGGAAUGCUCAGAUUUGGAAGGUGUCGAUAGGGUCGAACGAAUCCGUGUCAAAACAACCAUAAAUUCUAGUAGAAUACCAUCGAUGUGUGUGAUUACGCCUCCACAGAGUGACGAUGAGGUCAGUUUGAGUGCUAUGAAAACAGCACCUGUUGAUAUCGGUGACUAUGUGACGAUCGCUGAUGUGAGGAAAUCCUCCACGGCAACCCCCACCCCAGUUCCCACUUCACCUGUUCUCACCAGAGAAUCUGAGUAUGUAUCACUCAACGAACUGCCUACCAAUGAUUCUCUAGAGAGGAAACGCAGACAGGGUGCUAGGGUUACACUGGAUUCUGAGGGGAAAGUUGUUUAUUCGUCUGAUAGUUUGAGGAGGCGGAAAGCCAUUCACACAACGGGCACUUUCGAUCCAGGUCCCAACAUUGCCAAAACAUCAAGUCCUGUCAUGCAACAUCGUGUUGUCAACAUUCGCCCGGUUGUGACUUCCAACAGUCCGAUACUCAGGGGAGAACGGAGGUUAGCAUCUGUGACGACUCUCACUCCUACUACCCACAAAAUAAUUGCGGCAAGCCAACAGAAUAUUUCUAGGCCACUAUCACCUUUGGUCGGUAAUAAGAAGAUUAUUGUAAAUGAAUCUACGACUAGUACAUUGUUGAGUAAUAAAACGGACACGUUGAAGAAGGUAGAUAAUACAUCGGUGAUUCCUAAUAACAAUCAAACAAAUACAGGGCUGGUAACGGUGGCUGCACAGAGGAGAACGAGUCCCUCCAACCAGAAGCAAUACUUUCCGAAAUCAUCGUAUGGUAACAUGUCUCCUGUAGCAACAUCUAAUCGACCGAUGUCGCCUCUGGUACUAGCGAGUAGCCCGAAAAUCACCAACAUUUCGAACGGGCGGAGAUCUCAGACACCACCCACCAGUCCCGUCAAGUCGCCGACACUGUCUUCGAGACCUCUGUCGCCGAAAAACGUGGUGAAAGCGAGCCCGAAUCGAGCCGUGAGUCCGACGUCGCCGAGAGGGGCCUACGUGCGGGUGAAGGACGCGGAUGACGACAGCAAAACGGUGAAGAGAAGUGACAGCUAUCGCAUGGCCAACGACCAGACCAAAACCGUCUUCAAUCCGAAUGUGCUCGGCCGCAAACAGUACGGAGCUGGCAUCGUGGCUGGGCCGAAGCUGCUCACCGCCAUUCAAAGUGUUCAAACAAACAAAGAGAGCAAGACAAGAGGAGAAGGGUCUAGCAGAGAAGAAGAUGGAGCAUCAUCGCCGCCGCGACAGUGGCAGGACACGUGGCCGCAACGACACGUGACCCCGCAGAACGAGGUGCGCUCAUCCACGCCCACCAAGCCAAACACACCACCCAUGAACAUCACCACCACCCUGUCCCCCAUCCGCAGCUCAACACCCACCCGAUCACCCAUGGAUCUCUACGCAAUCAUCCACCAAUCAAAAAAGAAGAUCAUGAAGCUCAAGGGCAAACAAUCACCUGAACCUGCAGAAACACCGACCAGUAGUGGUGGUAGUAGUAGUAAUCAAGUCAACUGGCCCAAGUGCAUCCCAACAGCACAGUUGAAAGGUAGUAAUGUGCUGGAUCAAUCCCACGAGCAAGUGAGAAUCCCCUUCAAUGGCCAGUAUCAAAGACUGAGUGCUUCUCCUACUCCUAGUCCUCUGUACACGGAUAGGCAGGGUGGUGUUGUAGGGGGAGGAUCAUACACUCUACCAAGAAAGUUGAGCUCCUCCUCCCCACCGACAAAAAUAGAAAACGUUAGUAGAUACUCUCCACCUAACCGGUCUCACCUUUCUCCACCACAACCAAUGCCCAAUCUCCCUACCAGAAACUAUGCCUCGCUAGAUAGAAAAUUCUCCCCAAAAGCCAACUUCCGCCAGCCAAUUCCAAGCAACUCGUCUAGAUUAGGUUUGUCUCAUUCCACUUCGCGGAAUGACUUCAAACAGCUUCUGCUUCGCACCGGCUGGAGUGCUGGUUCUCCAGGAAAGCCUUCAGCUGUGGAACGUCUGAAGAACAGUAAGCCGUCUGUGCCAGCUGUACCGUCUCCCAAGAGGAAGACAUGGAAGUCUGACGUCCUCUCCUCCACAAUCCUCGAAGAUUGUGACGAGGCUGAUGGACAAAGUCAGCGAGAGGUGAAUGCCAUUCUGCAGGCAGCCAGUGCCAGGGAUCGUUUAGCUGCUACCAUUCCCAAGUCCAGUGCCUUGGUCAGUCAGCAGUGUAAAGAAUUCCAAGCUAGGUCCAGUCCAACUUUGGAAACUGCUUUGUAGUUUCUGUAAGCAACUGCCUUUUAUCAAUAUUAUUAGUAGUAUGCCAAUAGGAAACUGACAUUGAACAAUUUACGAACGUGAUUUCAACAAUAGAAGAAGGGUAUUUUACCUUAUUUCAAAUAUAUUAUUAUUCAAAGAUUUGCGCUCCAAUCUAUGUUUUUGCUACUUGAAAUUGUCAUGUAAUUUGCAACGUCAAAGUUUGCUCUACAUAAUACUGUGUUACACCUAAAUGAAAAAAUUAAAGCAUCAUCGCGGAGAUACCGGUACUAUCAUAGUAGUUUUCUUAACAUAUUCAUCGAUUUUGGUUUUGUUUAGAUGUCUAGAUUCAGCUAUAAUUUCUUAUGUUCUCAAGAACAACAUGAAAUAUUCACAAAUAGUAAUAAAAGUAGUUCUAAUUCUAUUUUAUAGCGCUCCUCUCGGAAAACUUAUUAAGAUAAUUUUCAUAACCUACGCCUUCUUAUCCUUGGAGUGAGAGGAGACAGGUUGGUGGAUGAGUACCGCGGUACCGCAGCUUAUUAUUGUGUGUGAAAU